AUGCUUAUAUUCUUUGUAUUUGCAUGCUUAGUUUCAGCUUAGACCAAGCUAAAAGUAACUGGAACCGUCAUGGAUUCGUAGGGUAUCAAUAUUGCAGGAGUUCACAUUACAUUAUUGUAAGAAUUUUGAAUUUAGCAAUAGUCAGCAACAAUAAACUAUCGUAAGUGGUUAAACGAAAGAUGAUGGUAAGUAUGAGCUAGUAGCAUAAAUAAACCAAAUUAGUAAUCUAUUUGUCGAAGCUUCCUUAUAUGGAAAUAUACAAGCUCCUUAGCGUUAUGCAGCAAAUCCUGACUCUAAUGGCAAUGUAGUCUAAGAUUUUAUACUCACUGUGGAUGAUGUGACAGUAAAUGGACCUGCUGUUUUAGCUAAAAUCAAUGGAUAAUACUUUAAUAAAAAUGCUCCAUUGAAUGGAGGAUCAUCUUAUGCACCUUUAGAGGGUGUUAAAAUAGAUUAUACUAUUGAAUACAUUCUAAAUGGAAAGCAAUCAUAUGAUUUUACUAGUAUUACAAAUGCUUAAGGAUUUUCAAAAUUAUUUACAGCUUAUCCCAAAUCUGCUGCCAUAUUGAAAUUUUUAGCAUAAAGUGAGAACUUCUGGAAUUUUAGAUAAACAAAAGAUAAUGAUGAGAAUUACAUAUUGAUUGUGUAAAAAUAAUUGUAUAUUAUCUAAUAGAACAAAUUAAUAUAAAGUGAAUUAUCAAGUCAUAAUGGAAGAAGGAGUAUUCACUCAAACAGUAUUAGGUACAGUGGUAGAUAAAAAUUCUAAAAAACCUUUGAAAGAUGCCAAAGUUGAAGUUACAUUUAGCUCAGAAUCUAAAGGGUAUUAAUUAUUUCUUAUUAAUAUAGAAAAUUAAGUAGUUAAAGUUUAUUAACUAAAGAGGAUGGUAAAAUAGAAAUUUAAUAUAUAAGUAAACUUUGGUAUAAAUUUACAAUUAAAAUAUCAAUUGUUAAAGAAUAUUAUGCUUUAUAUGAAUAAUAAAAAACUAUUUAAAUGGAUCAUGAUGAUAGAACUAAAAAUUAAGAUAUUUUUUAAUUAGGUAUGAUAGAAAUGCCAGUUUAACCAUCAGUAACAUUAUUUGGAGUUGUUUUAGAUCCUCAUUAAAAAGAAAAAGAUCCAAAUUUAAAACCAGUCAUAAAUCUACCAUUAUAAGUUAUAGCAAAAUUUGAAAAUUUAAUUGAAAAAUUUGAAACUCAAACAGAUUCUAAUGGUUAAUGGAGUAAAGAACAUUUAUUAUUAUAACCUUCAGCUAAAUAUGAUUUGGAAAUUACUUAUACAAAUAGUUAAAAGGAAAAACUUACUGAUAAAUUUUAAUUUUAAACAACACUUGAACCAAUCUAAAAGAUUAAAAUUGAUAAUUUGUAUUAUUAAGAUGUUGUAAAUGCUGUAUUAACAGGUAAAUUUUCAGAAGCACCUGAAAAAAUAUAGUUCAAGAUUCCAUAUAAGAUUAUUUGUGAUACUAUUGAUACUAAAUUAAAUUUACCAAAAGAAAUUCUUGGCUAAACUAAUGGAGAUGAAAUUAUUGAUAAGACUUGGAGUGUAGAAGCAAGAGGAGAUAAAGAUAUUAUGUGUUCUAUUUAAUAAUAAGAUAAUACUUAAUUCAUUCAACCCUUCACAAAAUAAUUUACAUUAUAAAAGGGAAUUUGGAAGACUGAUCUAAAGUAAAUUGAUAUUAAAUACAAUUUAUUUGAAAUUGUUAUUGCUGGAACUGUAUUAGAUAAAACUUAAUUAAUUCCUUUUAUAAGUGGUGCUAAUAUGAACUUUAUUGUUUAUUAGAAAGAUAGUAUACAGAAUUCUCUUUAAAGAGAAUUUAAUAUAAAAUCUGAUGAUAAAGGAUUAUUUUAAAUAAAAUUUUAAAUAGGCAAAGGAGAAAAAUAGAUUGUAAAAUUAACAGUUUCUCAUCCUGAUUUUAUAGAUUAUAAGAAAGAAGAGUUUCUAAUUUUAAAUGGAAAUGGUCCUUAAACUAUUAAUUCUAAUAGUAUAUCUUUAGAUCGUAUUGAAUUUACUGACAUUAUAUUACAUUAUAAAAUUGACACAUUAGAAUAACCAGCCACAUUAAAAUUGAAUUCAUGUAGUCCUUUUAUGGAAGUUGAUAAAUUGUAUAUUCCAAAAUAUGAAUCUAAUGAGUAAAUAUUUAUAUUUAAAAUUUUAGUGGAUCUUUUAAACUUCAAUUUGCAUGCUAUUAAAAUGUAAUCUAUAAAGCAACUUUAGAAAUAACCAUAAAGUCCUUCUCUGCAUAAACAUUUUAAUCACAUUAAUUCACAUGUAUCAAACCUACAAAAGAGAAACCAGAAAUUGAACUUACUUCUGAUUCUCUUUUCAUAAAAGGGAAUAUAAUUGUCAAAUUCCUUGAUGUUAAUAAUCAUCCUAUCAAAGGAUAAUAAGCUACCUUUCGUACUGAACCCAUUUCCUAAGUCUUGACUCAAUCUUCUGAUGAUUAAGGAAUCAUUAAAUUCAUUGAUACUAAAUUAUUCAAAAAUUAAUAGUAUACAGGUUUUCUUGGUUAUGGAUCAAUUAAUGAAUAAAUCAAGUUUUAUCCAAAAUAAGAUAACUUUGAAGAACAUUUUUAAGAUUAAUAUAUUGGAGGAGAAGUAUAAUAUAAAAUAAAUGGAAAAGUGAAAUUAUGUAGAGGAUAAUUAAUCAAUCCUCUUUAAAUUAAUGUAAAAUGCUCUAAAUAUCCUGAAUAAAUUGGAAAAACAGAUCUUCAGGGUUAAUUUUCAGUUAGUAUAUAAGCAGUAGGUACUUUUAAUGAUAUUGUUUAAUGUACUACUAAAAUAUCAGGUGAUGCUGAUUAUUCAUUUGAUUCAACAUUCACUAAAGGAUCUUACUCUGUAUAUUAAGAGGUACCAAUUUGUCUCAAAGAUGUUAAAUUAAAUCUAAAAGGUAAAUUCAUAGAUCCAAUAAACUAACCUAAAACUAAUUUAUAAUUAACUUUAAAUAUAAUAUUUUAAGAAGAUCAAAAAAAUAUGCCAAAUUUACCAUCCCUUAAAACAGAUGUUCAUGGUUAAUGGGAAUUAAAAGAUUAAAUUGUUAAAGCUAAUGGAAAAUAUAAAUUCAUUAUUAAAUAUAAAAAUGGAGCUGGAGAUGAAAAAACUAUUGAAAAAGAUUACUAAACUUCUGUUUUUACUGUAAAAUCUGUAGAUGAUUAUGAAUUCCCCAAUGCAUUCUAUUAAGAUUUUGAAUAAUGUCAUUUUUUUGGUAAGGCUAAUGAUUCUAAAAAUAAAAAUAUUAUACCUUCCACUUUUCCAAUUGUAUUAACAUGUGAUUAAACUAUUUCAAAAGAUAAAAAACCUAUUAAAUAAAUAGGAAAGAUUGGAUUCGAUUUACAAUAUGAUUUAAAAUUUGAUGGAUUAGUUGAAUAUGAUUAACCAAUCUAAUGUUAAUUGAAAUCAGAAAAUGAAGCCAAAGCUAAAUUUAAUCAAAAUUUAUAAUUACAAGGACCAAAAUGGGAAAUUAAAUAAGAUCUAAUAGUUUAAUAUAUAACAUGGUUAAUAACUUUGAAAGGUUAAGUAAUAGAUCCAUUAAAAAUCAAUACAAAUUUAAAAGAUGCAAUUAUUACCAUUAUUGUACAUUAACAAGAAACUAAUAAAAUACAAUAAAAAUUAAGAGGAAGAUUUCAUUUAGAUAUUCAGUAAACACAAUUAGAAUCUGUUAAUUCAAAAGAUUAAGGUUAAUAUUAAAUUGAAUUUUAAACUUUCAAUUAAGAAGCUUUAAGUAUUGAUAUUACUGCUAAACUAACUGAUUUUAAUGAUUUCAAAUAAUAAAAUGCAUUAAGUAUAGCAGGUACUAAAAAUGAGGAUUUGGUGUUUAAUAUCAAUUUACAAAGAAUUGAAAUACCUGCUAUUUUAAGUUCAAAUGUGGAUGAAAUAGGAAGCAUUCAAUUAAAAACUAGUAAUCCAUUAAUGUAAGAAGAUAAGGAUAAGAAAUUCUAUGGAACUAGUGUAACUCUUUAGAAGGGAAAGUAUAUAUUUAUUAAUUAUAUUUAGACCAUUCUAAUUUAAUUUUAAAUGCUAUUAGAAUGUUGAGUAUGUAGCAACUUUUAUAUUAACAAAUGAGCAUCAAUAAUCUAUAGAGUAUAUAUCAGAUCCCUUCAAAUGUAAAAUGGCCCCUGAAUUGACUGUAAUCAAAAUUAAAUCUGCAAAUGAUAAAUACGUAUUAAAAGUAAAUAAUACUAAUAUAAUUAGAUAAGUGGUAUAAUAAAAGAUAAAGAAAAAUUAUUUGAUGGUAUUGUUUAAGGGGCAAAUGUAAUAAUUAAUUUGAAAAAAAAUGAUAAGUUGGUUAAAUCAAUAGAAACUACUUCAAAUAAUAAGGGUGAAUAUUAAGGUUCAUUUGAAGUUAAUACUGAUACUUAUCAAUAUGAAAUUAAAGUCACUCAUCCUUAAUUUAAAGAUGGAAAUAUUUCAGAUAAAAUUGUCUUUUCAAAAAAUGAAAUUGUGAAUAGAGAUAUAAUAUUAGAAAGAUAAACAAAUUCAUAAAAAAUUACUAUUAAUUUAUAAGAUUCAAAGAAAAAACCUAUUAAAAAUUCUGAAGUAGGAGCAUCAGAUUUUAAACCAAAAUCAAAUGAUAAAAAAAUUGUGAAGGCUGAUGAAACAGGUAAGGUAACUAUAGAAGUGAGUUGUUUCAAAGAUGUUCAAGAAAGUUUUAAAUUAGAAAUAAGAGUUGAAGAUUUAAAAGAAACAAUUGAAUAGACUAUAAAUUGUGAUGGAAAAAGUUAAGAUCAUUCAAUAGUUACUUAAUUGUAAUAUAUUAAUAUAAAUGGGAAUGUGAUCGAUCCCUAUUGUAAAGGAAAGAGAGAUCUUAAAUUAAAUCUUGAUACUAUUCCAGAGACAUAGAAAUUAAAGGUAACAACAGAUAAAAAAGGUGAUUGGGAAGGUGAAUUACUUGUUAAAUUAAAUUAAGAAUAUAAUGUAAAUGUUAAUUAUAAUGAUUGGGAUGGAUAAUUGUAAAGUUUGAAAGAGAAAUAUGUUAUUAAAAGUGAUUAAACUAAUUUAGAUUUUAAAAAGAUUUAUUAUUCUGAUUCAGUUGAGAGUUCAGUUGAAGGUGAAGUUGUUUCAAGUGUUUAUCAUGUUUCCUUAAAGUUUCAUAAAAUAUCAUUGUGGUUUGAUAAUAAGGAGGUUAAGGAAAGUGAGAUAGACUAAUUUAGUGAAUAUGAGAUGAAAUUUAAAGUUGUUGCUUAAUGUAAUAAGGAGUAUGAAUAUCAAAUCUUAAUUAAAGAAACUUAACAUUUUGAGAGAAAGUUGGUAAAUUUAAUUAUUAAGCCACCUAAAUAUGAUUAUAAAGUUGAUAUUGUUGUUGAAGAAACUAAAGCAUAUGUUAAUGAAAUAAAGAAUUUCUUUUCAAAAUUUAUGAUUAGUGGAUACUUAGAAUCAGAUUAUAAUUGUAAAGACAAGUUGUUUAGAGCAGUAUAACAUGCUUAAGUUAAGAUUGUAAAGAAGUAGGAGUCUGGUGAUAAGGUGAAAGCUGCUACUCAUACUAGAGACGAUGGCAAAUUUUAAUUAUAUUUCUUUUUAUCUAAAUCGUAAUUAUAUUUAUUAAACAUAUUAUUAGAUAAGUGAAAAAUAAUAUAUUUGUAUGGUUACAUUUUGAAAAAGAAGGAUUUACAACUCCAUAUCCCCUUUUAAUCAUACCAUCAUAAUAUGAAAAAUUUUAAAUGGAUGACGAAACGAUUACACAUAUAGAUAUAGGUUAUUAAUCCAUAUCUCCCAUUCAUGAUAUGGGUUGUCCAGAAGAUAUACCAAAGAUAUCAAAUAAUGAGUAAUAAACUAUUUUGAUUGAUUACAUUAAGAUGGGAAAGAAAUAACUCAAAGGUAACAACAACUGAUUUAUAUAUCUAUAUAUUAUUAUUAAAAAUGAAUUAGAAAUAGGAGAAGAAAAUAGAUAAUAUCACUCUCUAAUGUAAUAAUUGUUCUGAAAAUAGAACUCAGAAGUAUGGUUGAAGAUGGUGCUGGAGAAUCACUUGCAGCUAGUUUGAAUUUAGAUUAAGAAGAUCUUAUAAGUAAAAAAUGUUGAUUGAGUUUUUAAGUUUGGCCUUUGGAGUAGGUACAAAGAAACUUCAAAGACUUUAUGAGAUCAACUUCAUAGAUUGAUAUUGAAAUGGACAAUGCAAAGGAAAGAAUAGACUUUCCUGCUGAUAUGGAAUGGCCAACUGAAGAUGAUUUGGAAUAGAUGUUUCAAAAAUCUAUGAGCAAGUAAAAGUCAUUUUAAUUAUUAUUCAGAAUUCAAGGCCGUCAAAAUAAAAAGAAAUGGAAAGACAAUGAGAAAUAAUUUUUAACAUGGAUUAUAAUUAGAUAUUGUCUAUGGAAAAAUAAAGUUUGUAAAGAGCUAGUAUAUCAUUAUUUAUAUUUAGAAUGAUUUAGAUUGGAGAUACAUUGCUUAAUUGAUAGUUGGAAGGAAUGCAACUCAAUGUAAAUAUAAGUGGUUGGCUCGAUCUAAAUUUAAGCUUGUUUAAGUACCUUGGAGUAAAGAAGAAGAUGAAGCAUUGGCAUCAAUUUAUAUGGAAUAUUAAAAACAAGGAAAACAUAGUAAAUGGAGUGAAAUUGCUAAAGAAAUUGCUUUAAGAUGCAAAACAUAAAUUGUCAGAUAAGGUAAAUAAUGUAGAGAAAGAUGGAUUAAUAAAUUAGAUCCACAAAUAUCAAAGUAAAUUAUAAUACUUAUAUAUUUAGAGGACCAUGGACUAAAGAAGAAGAAUUGACUUUAUUAUAAUUAAUUUUAAAGAAAGGCAAAAAAUGGUCAGAGAUUUCAAAAAUAAUGAAAAAUACACGAACUGAGAAUUCCUUAAAAAACAGAUAUCAUACUAUUAUGAAAAAAGAAAGAAAUAAAUAACCAGAAGUCAAAGAAGAAAUUCAAUAAGAAAUUGUAGAUCUAUUAUAAUAACAUAAUCAUAACUAUUAAGCUGAUAAUUUAGUUCAUUUAUAUGAAGAUAUUGAUCCAAAAGAAUUAAAAAUAAUACUUUAAGUUAUUGAUAGAUUAAGUGAGAGUACUGGUAAAUAGAUUAGAGUAAGUACAUUAAUUACUGAUUAAUAAAUGUAAUAAGAAUAAUUAUAUGAAAAAUAAUAAAAAGUCAAGUAAGAAAGUUAAAUAGAUUAAAUUCAAUAAAAAAAUGAAGAGGCAAAUAAUAAAUAAAGAUUUCUUGAUACUAUGGAAAAAAUCAAAAUUGAUUUAGAUCAAUAAAUUAAGAAAGUAGUGAAUAAAUAGGAAUUAGAUUAAAAUUGCACAAUAAAUCUUCUUAAAUAAAUUCUAAAACCAUAAGGUAUUAAACAAUAUUAAUUUAUUUAGAGAAUGAAACAAAUUAAUUGUAAUUUGAUUAAUAUUAUGAUUAAAUGAUCCUCAAUUUUUAAGCAAAUUAAGUAGAAUUUGAAGUUGAAGCCAUUACAAAUUUAACAGCUUAAGAUGUUGAAGAUUGUUAAUUUGGAAUUGUAGAUUUUGAAUAAUCUAACAUUUUUAUGAUUCCUUAAUAGUAUUUGUAAGAGGUUAUAAAUAAAGUUCAUGGUUCUUCAACAUAAGCUUAAGUAUAAUAGCAAUAAUAAUUAAUGCAACAUUAAUAAUAAUAAUAACAAUAAUAAUAAUAAUAAUAAUAAAUGUAAUAAUCAUAAAUAUAGUAAUAAUAAUAAUAAUAAUAAUAACAAUAAAGAUUAACUAUUUCAUCAUCACUUAGGUAAUCCAUUCCUUAAUCAUAAUAAGCUUAACCUCUUUAAACAUCUUAAUUAUUUUUAGGAGAUCAAUUUAAUCUUGUCAAUAGUCAAUAUGAUUUUGAAAAUCAAUAAUAAUACUAAUAACAAAUACCUGUAUAAAUUCUCUACCCGUAGAUUAUUUAUUAACCUAUAGGCUAAUCUAUAAAUCUAUCGUAAGGUCUAUAGUAAAAUUAUUGGAUGUAGCAAUCUUAUUUUUAGCCUUAAUAUUACAUGAAGGCAUAAGAUUAGUAAUUUAACAAAUCAAAUCUAGAAGAACCUAAAUGA